GCGGAGCAAAACAGGAAACACACCAAUUCUUAGUGCCUUUUAACCUUUUCUCAAUCAUCUUCCAUUAUUCACCCGAAAUUUCCUACCAAUUUCUCGCUGAAGAAAAAUACACGAAUCCAUACUCGGUUGCUCGGUGGAAACCCUAGGACGAGGAUCGUCAUGGAUUUUCUGCGUCGGAAACAGGAAAAGGUUUGAUUAUCAAAAACCCUAUCUGCGCAUUUCUUUUGCCGUCAGUUUUAGGGAUUUUCGGUUGAUGUUGCGGUCUUUAUUGACUACUGUUCAUACUUUUAUCUGCUGGAUCUAGUUCGAUUACAAGUUGUUAUAUACUGAAUUUGAUCAGCUAGGGGUUUAUUAAGUAGUUACAGAUUUAGAAGUUUAAUUCUGCCUAGUGAAGAUGCAGUCCAGAAGGAAUGAAGAGCGUAUAUCUCCUCCUGCAUCAAUCAAGAUGCGAAGCCGGCAGCACAGGGAUGAAAUUGACCAUGACCCAUAUAGGGUUUCGCGUCGAGAGGUCAUGAAUCGGCCUUCCAGAAGACAGAGGAGUGCGAGCCCUCGUGCAGUAGAUGGGUCUAGGAGGGUUUUGGUUAGGGAGAGAAGGAGUGGUUCAAUUGAGAAAAAGGAGGGUCUUCAGGCGUGGCAGUAUGGUGGUGGUGGUGGUGGUGGUAGGACUGAAAAAGAUCGGUCAAGGUCACCUCCUUAUAGGCAGCUGCGCAAAUUACCUCACCCUCAAGAGGAGAUUGUGAAUAGGAAGUAUGACUAUGAUGCUCUGGAUGUUGAACAUGGUGCAACUUCUAGAUCAAAGCAUGUUUACGGGUACGAUCAUGGAACUUCUAGGAUAAGCAAGGAGAGCGACUUUAUUGAGAACAGGAUUGGGGUUGUUGAUGAGCAUGUCCAGUUGAGUCAGAAAUUGCUACCCGUGGAAGAUGUUGAAAUAAGAGGGUCACGUCGGUUGCCUUCUGAUAUGGGUCCCACCUCAAAUUAUGAAGAAACUGGUGGGCGUAUACCAUUUUCAUCUCACAGCAUGGAUAUAGAUCGGUAUGAGCAUAAAAAACCUCGUUAUCAGGACUCAAUAGCAUCGGAAAAGCUGAUGCCGAUGGAGUCUUACAAAGGGGAGAAACCUAUGUUUCAUUCAAGGGAUGUCUCAUACAGCACUGUGCCAGCAUCUCAUUCUAAGAAUUUUGCAAGCACCUCUUCUGCUAUGGCAAGAAAUGAGUAUCCAAAUUCCUAUAGAGGGAAUGGUGCACCCUUGCCUGAGCCUGAAGAAUAUUCUAGGUCCACUGGGAAAGUUGCAGAACCUGUAGGAUAUAGCACAUACGAGUCCAGAGUACUCCUAGAUUCUGCGGUCAACUCCACUGCUGCUAGGAGGAAUGCGUCAUUAUAUCAACGGGCUGUAUACAGUCCUGGAAGGGCAGAGCCUGAGGACCACCCUUACAAUGAACCCAUGGAAAUGGUCAUUGAUGAUCGUAGGUAUCCACCUGAAGAAUUAAACAGGAUGAUGCCUCCGCAAACUAGAGUUGAAUACGAUCACGUCCCACUGGAUUAUGGUCAUAGAGACAUAUCAAGACAAAGGAUUUUGCGCCAUGUUGCAGACAGAAUUGAUAUCUCUGAUGACUCUAAUGGAAAUACAAGAAAGAUUACCAUAUCAGACCAUCCUACAAUUCCAAAACGGACAAUUCCAGAGUACAGUGACAUGAACAGAUCAUCUGUGUCAAAGCAUCCAGGUGAGUACUUGGGUCCAGGAGACAACUGUUUUGAGUUUGAAAGGUCACAAGAGUAUGAAACAUCUCAUUUUGAUGCAUCACAAGCUCGUCAAGUAUCGAAUUUUGGUAGAGGAACAGGACCAGAGUUUCAGAAAGCUAGAUCAAACAAUUCCCCUUUGUCUAAAUAUGAUUCAGAGACUGACAGAAUGGCUCUAAAAUCUCAGAAAAUGAAGGAGAAAGAGUUUCAUAUGUAUGAACCAUCAGAUAGAAUUGUCAAAGGAAAAUAUGUUACAGAGGAAGUCCUUUCUAGGCCUAGUUUUAAGAACAUUAUGCCUGGCAAAUUGAGUGCGCCUCAAGAGUUUGAGGAUGCAUAUGAUAGUGAGGAGUGGGCUUAUGAAGAUAUGAGUGAUCCACAAUUUACACAGAGAUUUGGCCAUGAGGAAUAUAGAGAAGUUGGGAGGACAUACGAGGAACAAGAUCAUUGUGGAGAUUUGACGUCUGAUGACUGGUAUGCUUCUGAAGAUUCCUUGGUACCUGCACCAAGGCCUGGAAUCAGAUUUUACAAAGAUAGUGGUAAAUUUGUUAAAGGAAAUACAAGACUUGGUUCUUUGAGUUGGCAUGCCUCACAUCACAGUGAUAGCAGAAGCAAUCCUCAGAAACAUAUCAAAGUUUGGAAAAGAAAUGAUUAUUAUGAUGAGGAUCUGCAAACAGAUGAUUGUGACAUGCCAGAGGAUUUAGCAAACCUUCCAGAUUCUGAUCCAUCUGAGAAUACUGAAGAAUUCAAGCAAUUGGUGAAUGAUGCAUUCUUAAAGUAUUCUAAAAAGUUGAACUUGAAUCAGUCUGUGCGUAGAAGAUACAAGGAGCAAGGAAAAGCUGGUAGCUUGUUUUGCAUCGUAUGCGGUAGAAGCUACUCAAAGGAGUUUAUGGACACCCAGCGCUUGGUAAACCAUUGCUUCAUGUCACACAAGGUUGGGUUGAGGACACUACACUUGGGUCUCCAUAGAGCGGUAUGCGUUUUGUUGGGAUGGGAUACUGCCCUGCCUGUGGAAGCCAUAACAUGGGUUCCCCAGGUCUUGCCUGAAGCAGAAGCAUUGGCUCAGAAGGAUGAUUUAAUCCUCUGGCCUCCAAUUGUUGUCAUCCACAACAUUUCUAUGUCAAACAAUAUGCCACAAGAGCAGCAAGUGAUACCCAUGGAAGAGGUUCAGGCUUAUCUUAGAGGUAAGGGCUUAAUUGCUGGAAAAGUCACAGUGUGCCUUGGAAGGCCUGCAGACCAGAGUGUAAUAGUGGUAAAGUUUUUGGGCACUUUUUCUGGACUGGCAAAUGCAGAGAAACUUCACAAGUAUUUCGCUGACAAUAAGCGAGGAAGAGUAGAGUUUCAGGGAAUUAUAUCAGGUGAUGGCAAAAGCAGUAGCAGCACGGAGAAGGACAAUGAGGGUGACAAGUUGGAGGAGCAGCUUCUAUAUGGUUAUAUGGCAAUUUCAGAGGACUUGGACAGACUUGAUUUCAAUAACAGGAAAUGGAGUGUGAUAAAGAGCAGGAAGGAGAUUCAGGACCUGGCAAAUGCUCCUGUGAAACUCAAUGAUCGGUAGGUAGCAGUUUAACACAAUCAAUCAAUCAUUCUGCUGUAGUUAUACUUUCUCCACGUAGAAUGAUCUGAUGCUCUUGUAAUAUUUAUAGUACUUAAUCCCCCUUAAGUAGUUGUGUUAUCCUACCAUUAGGCGUUUGUUGUAAGCAUAUAGGGAUAACUGAAGCAUCUCUCUUCAUAUUUACGUAAAGACUUUUAUACUGUUUCUGCAGCAUUAGUAAGUGUUGUCUCUUUUGAACGAUUAGAUUGUACUUUGGUCAAUUAAUCAAGUUUUCUUUUAUUG